AUGCUGAACGACUGGUCACAGGGAUCAUCGAGCAAGAUGACUGCUCAAUUCUUCUCAAAUCUCCUGUUCACGAAACCGGAUAUUCACACCGCGAAAAGACAGCUCGAUUACCCUCUCUAUGCCGCCGAUUUCGACCCACUAAAUCACCAUUUCCUCCUUGUAGGAGGUGGAGGGGGCUCUUCCUCCACCGGCGUGCCGAAUAAGAUCACACUACUCGACACAUCAAAUCGGUCGGAGAUCAAGGAAGUUUCUGAGGUUAUUAUCCCAGCAGAAGAGGACUCGGUGGCUUCUCUGAGGGUAGCAGACUCAGAUCCGCAGUCGCUGCUUGCGUAUGCGGGUAUAAACAGCUCGCAGAAAGAUCAGAGGACUGGAAAGAAUGAGCACUUUAGAUCCUUUCGCGUGCCACUGCCUGCGCGGAGAAAAGUGGAUGGAGGGGAGGUUACUGUCAAGAAUUUGAUGGUUGAGCCUGUGCAGUCACUUGCGCGGACGAGUCUCUUCAAAUCAGCGACUGGGCUCAAGAAUGAAUGCUACCAGCGUGUAUUGAAGUUGUCACCGCCCAUCGUUGAUGAGUUUGUACCGGCUGGGAGGGACGGACUAGAGAAGCCCACCAAGACGCUGAAGAGGAGGCUCGUCACAAUUGCUUCUGGACUGGCUGAGCAGAAUGAAGUGAUCACAUUUCCAGCUGAGGAGUCACCUUCGAGGGGAAACGUGAUCUCAAGGCUCGGUUUGGAGAAAGAGGAAGCCAACGAUGUCGACUUGACGAGUGUCGACGACACAGGAUCAGCUUAUGUACUAGGCUACUGUACAGAUCACAUACUGUAUCUACAGCAAUUGGCUGGUGCAAAAGGUACCAGAAACUCGGAUGGCAUACCCGUGUUUGAAACGGCCACUGGCCCUCAAGGACGCUCCAAGAUCAGAGCACUGCGGUUUCUCAAUUCUCGAUAUUUGCUAUUGCUCCAGAAUAGAGUCAACCGUAGUGGAGCCGAGCUGAUUGUGUUCAAGAUCUCCAAGGAUUAUGCCCAGGUACAACAAGUCUUGGUCAAGUACAUCAACAACAUGAAACAGGCAGUUGGGCUCGACACAUGCACAUUGUCGAAGGAUGAAGGCGGUUCACAACAAUUCGUCGUUUCCGUAGCUGGCCAGGACAGCUCACUUCAAACCUACACUCUAGAUUAUGUGGGUGGAAGAGGUAUGACACCCUUUAAGCAGUACGCAGACUUUGUCGACGUGCACAGUGGUCCAAUCACGAAGAUAAGCUUCUCGAAUUUUAUCUCUCCGAGUUUACCUAUUACUGGAGACACACCCCCACAAUAUAUUCGCCUAGCGACAGUCGGAGUAGACAAGCAGGUCAUAGUGCAGACGCUACCGUUGAGACCUAGUCCGGCAACAGGUAGUGGGAAAACACGUCCUCGCUAUGUGUUGGUGGCGGCCAGUCAAUUCGGCUCGACACUUUACAGCUUGUUCGUGGGCUUUGCGAUAUUGAUACUCGGUCUCAGCGUGGUUCUAGCAUUCUUGGAAUUGCGAGGAGCAAUACCACCUAUUAUCGGAACGACCAGGUUCUUACCACAGAGGUGGCAGGAGCAGUACGGACGCAGCUAUCCAUACGCUCACGAUAAUCCAGGUCCAGUGAUACCCGAGUCUAUGCCAGCAGCAGCGCAAUCUGUGAUAGAUCGAAUCAAGUUGUCAGAAGCGACGCCGAUCAUCGAGAAGCUGGAGGAGAUACAAGAUCGUGCCAAGCUUGCGGCAGCUACUCCAAUCAUUGAGCAAAUGCAAGAAAUGCAGUCGUCUAUACCUUCACUGGAGACAGUGCAGGACACACUUGUUGGUCUUGUAUCUCAGAAGUCGUCGAACGAUGAGCACACCGAUAAAGCCGUCAUUGUUCGUGACGCCGCAAAUCUUGGUGGUGAACUAUCUGCUGAGAUGAGACACGAAGCUGAGAUCGUCAAGGAAGGUACGUUGAAGAGGUGGGAGCAUUUGACACAAGAAGACCAACGAACUUGGAAGCAGAAGCUAAAAGAUGCUGGACACUGGACAGAACAGCAGGGUGAGACGGUGUUGAAAGGGGUAUUUUUUGGACAGCUUGCUGGGAUAGUAGGCAACAUGGUGGGUGGUUGA